AUGGAGAAGUCUUGCACACUUCUUGUGCACUUUGAUAAAGGAACCCCAGCUAUAGCUACGGAGAUCAAAGAGGCACUUGAAGGCAGUGAUGUUUCAGCUAAGGUUGAUGCCAUGAAGAAGGCAAUUAGUCUUCUAUUGAAUGGGGAAACCUUACCACAGCUGUUUAUUACCAUAGUCAGAUAUGUCCUGCCAUCGGAAGACCACACAGUCCAGAAACUUUUGCUUCUUUAUCUGGAGAUUAUUGACAAGAAGGAUCCCAAGGGUAGGGUGUUACCGGAGAUGAUUCUCAUUUGCCAAAACCUGAGGAACAAUCUUCAGCACCCCAAUGAAUACAUUCGUGGGGUGACAUUGAGGUUUCUCUGUCGAUUGAAUGAGACAGAAAUAAUUGAACCACUUAUCCCUUCAGUCCUCCAGAAUCUAGAGCACCGACAUCCAUUCAUUAGGAGGAAUGCUAUCUUAGCUGUGAUGGCCAUUUAUAAGCUUCCUCAGGGUGAGCAGCUUUUGGUUGAUGCUCCAGAAAUGAUCGAGAAGGUUCUGUCAACAGAGCAGGAUCAGUCAGCUAAGAGGAAUGCUUUUCUCAUGCUCUUUAAUUGUGAUCAAGAUCGGGCCACUAAUUACUUAUUGACCAAUGUUGAUAAGGUCUCUGAAUGGGGUGAACUGCUGCAAAUGGUUGUUUUAGAGUUGAUUCGGAAGUGUGCUGGGACGCUUGUUUCUUUAUCAUCUGCACCUACUGCUAUUAGAGCUGCUGCCAGCACCUAUUGCCAGCUUCUAAUUUCUCAGAGUGACAAUAAUGUGAAGCUUAUUGUUCUUGAUCGUCUGAAUGAGCUCAAGUCUUCUCAUAGAGAGAUCAUGGUUGAAAGGAUUAUGGAUGUGCUAAGGGCUCUAUCCAGCCCAAAUCUUGACAUUCAGAGAAAGACUCUAGAUAUCGUCCUUGAGUUGAUCACCCCAAGGAACAUCAAUGAGGUUGUUCUCAUGUUGAAGAAGGAAGUUAUGAAGACUCAAAAUGGAGAGCAUGAAAAGAAUGGUGAGUACAGGCAGAUGCUCAUACAAGCCAUUCAUUCUUGUGCCAUCAAGUUCCCGGAGGUGGCAAGCACGGUGGUUCAUCUGUUGAUGGAUUUCCUGGGAGACAGUAAUGUUGCCUCAGCUAUUGAUGUCGCCAUAUUUGUCCGGGAGAUAAUUGAGACAAAUCCGAAACUGAGGGUUUCUAUUAUAACAAGACUUUUGGAUACUUUCUACCAGAUACGAGCUGCAAGGGUUUGCUCCUGUGCUCUUUGGAUUAUUGGCGAGUAUUGCUUGUCCCUUUCCGAAGUUGAAAGUGGCAUUGCAACUAUCAAGCAAUGCCUGGGAGAGUUGCCAUUUUAUUCAGUUUCAGAAGAAGGGGAAGCAUCUGCUGAUGCUUCUAAGAACUCUCAACAACCGAGUUCUGGUACAGUUUCUUCUAGAAGGCCUGCCAUUCUUUCUGAUGGGACUUAUGCAACACAGAGUGCUGCUUCUGAAACUGCCUUUUCGCCUCCUACCAUUGUUCAGGGGUCAUUGGCUGCUGGGAACUUGAGAUCCCUUCUUCUCACUGGUGAUUUUUUCCUUGGGGCAGUUGUGGCAUGCACUUUGACGAAGCUUGUUCUGAGAUUGGAAGAGGUGCAGCCUUCUAAGGUUGAAGUUAACAAAGCAUCCACCCAGGCAUUGUUGAUCAUGGUCUCUAUGAUACAACUUGGGCAGUCAGCAGUUCUACCACACCCAAUUGACAGUGACUCUUAUGAUAGGAUUGUCCUGUGCAUAAGAUUACUAUGCAGUACAGGUGACGAGGUCAGGAAGAUAUGGUUGCAGUCUUGCCGUCAGAGUUUUGUCAAAAUGCUUUCAGAGAAACAGUUGAGGGAAACCGAGGAACUAAAGGCAAAGGCUCAGGUUUCUUAUGCACAACCAGACGACCUCAUUGAUUUCUACCAUUUGAAGAGCCGGAAGGGUAUGAGUCAGCUGGAGUUGGAAGAUGAAGUUCAAGAUGAUUUGAAGCGAGCAACUGGGGAGUUCAUCAAGGAUGGGGAUGAUGCGAAUAAGCUUAACCGCAUUCUUCAGCUCACAGGAUUCAGUGACCCUGUUUACGCUGAAGCUUAUGUGACUGUUCAUCACUAUGACAUUGUGCUUGAUGUCACAGUGAUCAACAGGACAACAGACACCCUCCAGAAUUUGUGCUUGGAACUUGCCACAAUGGGUGAUCUGAAACUGGUGGAGCGGCCCCAGAACUACACCCUAGCUCCUGAAUCUAGUAGGCAGAUAAAGGCCAACAUCAAGGUGUCCUCAACCGAGACUGGAGUUAUUUUUGGCAAUAUUGUGUAUGAGACAUCAAACGUACUUGAGCGGACCGUUGUUGUCCUUAACGACAUCCACAUUGAUAUCAUGGAUUAUAUUUCUCCCGCGGUUUGUACUGAUGCAGCUUUCAGAACGAUGUGGGCAGAGUUUGAAUGGGAAAACAAGGUCGCUGUGAACACAAUAAUUCAAAGCGAGAAAGAUUUUCUGGACCACAUAAUCAAGUCUACAAAUAUGAAGUGUUUGACUGCUCCUUCUGCACUAGAUGGAGACUGUGGCUUCUUAGCUGCUAAUUUAUAUGCAAAGAGUGUCUUUGGUGAGGAUGCAUUGGUUAAUGUUUCCAUCGAAAAACAAGCAGAUGCGAAGCUUAGUGGGUACAUCCGGAUAAGGAGCAAGACCCAGGGAAUUGCGCUCAGCCUAGGGGAUAAGAUCACUCUCAAGCAGAAGGGGGCAUUUGAAGCAGAAACUCAGCAAUAUUUCCAUCACAAAAUUAGCCAUACCUCACUUUGA